AUGGGAUCAAUCGAGCAAAGCAAAAGGACUCAUCCGUUGAAGAAGCCGAAGGGCCAUAAGCCGCCAGUCCCGAGAUGGUCGUUGAAACUGCCUGAUAGUGUCACUCAUAUCUAUACGCUCUACGUGGGUGUGCAAUGCCAUCGAGGAAACACUGUUGCCAGGAAUAAGGCCGAGAGGGCCAUCGAUUCACUACUGGACGACAACAGCUCACAUGGCCGGAUCAUGGAUACAUUCAGGGUUACCAAUGGCUUUGAUCUCGAGGACUCGAAAGUCUGGGUGCUGUACUGGACUACGAAGGAAGGUCUUGAGACUGCGACUAAAGCUUUGGAUCUGCAACGACUGUGGAAUGGACUCGGCGGCAACAAGCAAGACGUUGGUCUCUGGUCAGAGCAUUUCACCACACCCAUUGAAAGACUAGAAACCAACUACUCUCGUCUCGAUCACAAACCAGGACUCGCCCAAUUCCCAAACACAACUCAACCACCACAUGAGACGACAGCCUACUGGGGCGCAGGAAGAGACCGCAUCCCAGCAUCCGCCCACGACCUCUUCCCAACCGCAAAAGACGCCCAAUCACCCUCAACCAUCCCUCGCGGCGUCGGCGAGCGACUCACAGGCACCAACUACGCCAACAUGUGCCACAUCCGCUCCGGACAAUGGUGGGAGAAAUGCGACGACGAAGAACGCCUCGCCUACGAAGACAACCUCCAAACAACACUCAUGCAAGGCAUGAAUUACCUCUGGCAACACCCCGAAGAAACGGGAACGAUAGGUCUACGAUUCCUGCAAAACCUCGACGGGAAUGGUGCACCCAUCAAAGAGACCUGCGGCGCGGGUUUCCACAGGAACUGGGCGGACUUGGAGAGAUGGUCGUCUCGACAUCCGUCUCAUCUGGCGAUUUUCAAUGGGGCGAUGAAACACGCGAAGAGGUUUGGAGAGGACCGUAAAUUCAUGACUUGGCAUGAAGUCAGUAUUCUUCGAGAAGGGGAUGCGGCGUUCGAGUACGUGAACUGUGAUCCCAGGACGGGUGUGAUGAGAUGGGUGGAGUUGGAGAGAGAAACCUUGCAGUCUUCGUAG